AGCCGCCGCCCGGCUGCGCGUAGAUGGAGCAAGCGGAGCCCGCGCAACGCGGGCAGCAGUAAGCGGCGAAACCGCCGGACCUCACAAACUCGCCAUGGAGGAAGAGAGUAUAAAGGAGGAGAAACCUCGUGGAGCACGGACUGCAGACAAGGCUGGCUGGAUCAAGAAGAGCAGUGGGGGGCUUCUGAGUUUGUGGAAAGACCGCUACUUGCUUCUCUGCCAAGCCCAGCUGCUGGUCUACGAGAAUGAGGAGGAGCAGAAAUGUGUAGAGACGGUGGAACUCGGGAGCUAUGAGAAAUGCCAGGACCUCCGUACUGUCCUCAAGCGGAAACACCGAUUUAUCCUGCUGCGAUCCCCAGGGAACAAGGUCAGUGACAUCAAAUUCCAGGCCUCCAGUGGGGAAGAAAAGGAAUCCUGGAUCAAAGCUCUCAAUGAAGGGAUCAACCGAGGCAAGAACAAGGCUUUUGAUGAGGUAAAAGUAGACAAGACCUGUGCCCUUGAGCAUGUGACACGGAACCGGGUACGUGGGGGCCAGCGGCGACGGCCACCAACAAGAAUCCACUUAAAGGAGGUAGCCAGUGCAGCUUCCGAUGGGCUUUCACGGCUGGACCUGGAUGUCCCAGACAGUGGACAGCCAGUGUUUGCUCCUCUCAGUGACAUCAGUGAAGACCAGCCCCAGGAGCCACCUCGGGCUCUCAUGCCUCCUGUCAAGCCUUCCCCAGUACCAGAGACCUCUGGAGCUGAGGACAGCCAGGAGACUCCUGCAGGAGAGAGAGCCCUAACCCCUCUCUCAGAAAGCUCUGAGGCCAAUUCUGAGAGCCAAGAGGAUGCAGAGACCCUAGCAAAGGAGGACAGUGACUUUAAGAGGCUCCCGGACAGCGCCUUGUCUGAGAAACUGAAGGUGAGCUGGGAGAACCCCAGCCCAGAGGAGCCUUCUGUUUCCGAGAGGGCACAGUUGUCCUCUUCGGAGACUCCAGAGGCCACCCCCAGGGAGAGCAAAAAGCCCCCUGCACCUCCUCCCAAGAUCCUGUCGGAGAAGAUGAAGACCUGUAUGGGUGGGAUGGGUGAUUCUGGUCCAUCCCAGCGUUCCGAGGGCCCUGAGACCACGUCUCCAGGCCCCACACAGGUGUCUGUGAAUGGCGUGGGUGAUGGUCCUGAGUCUGCCUCACAGGCCGUGGGCACCCCUGGACCUGCCCCAGAGGACGCAGCAGCAUCCCCAGAAGCGCCCUCCUGGGGCUUGCCGUCCCAGUUUCAUCCUCGCUCCUCUUCCCUUGGGGACCUACUCAGAGAAAGUCCUCAGCAUCCACGACUGCCCAAGGAAAAGUUGUACCGGGCCCAGCUGGAAGUGAAGGUGGCUUCGAAACAGACAGAGAAAUUGUUGAACCAGGUGCUGGGCAGUGAGCCGCCACCUGUGUGUGCCGAGUCAUUGCUCAGCCAGGCUGUGGAGCAACUGAGGCAGGCCACCCAGGUCCUGCAGGAAAUGAGGGAUUUGGAAGAGCUGAACCAAGAAAGCCCUGGGCUAGUGCAGAAACGGAAGGAGCUGGUGACCCUCUACAGGAGAAGUGCACCCUAGGCCUGCCAAGCCCCAGGCACAAACUCACCUACCCCCCAAGUACCCUCAUCUGUCACUGCCCAACCUUGUUAUGAAAUGAGCUACAGCUCAAGUUGUAGAUGCACCACUGGGUACAUCGAGUUUGGCCAGGACUUGGUGCUCCUGAUAUCUUUUCUACUCUGCCCCGGCCUGGGGCUACCUCUCCGGCUCCCUGUUCUGGCCUCUUCUCUAGGCUCUGGGCAUGGGAUGGAGCAUAGUCCUGUGGCCUAUGUGGUUGUUGCAGACUGCCCCAGGGCUCUGGCACUGCGCUUGGAGUUUCCAGGAUGGCACGAAUCUGUUCUCACCCCCGACAGUUUAUAUUCCUGACUUCCAGGUGGAGCAUGGCUGAGCUGCCCGAGGUGCCCAUCUUCUGGUCUUCAGGUGGCUUCGGCUUCCCUCCAGCCAUGCCUACGUAUGAGUAGCUGUCGGGGCCUUGGGUCCAGGCUGUAGUGAAAUGUGAAAUCUAUCAGCUGAGUGAAAUGUGGCCUUUAGCUGGAGCCUAAAGACGGAUAAGGGUCUGGAUGAAGGAGCUAUUUACUCUGGUUUGUUUUCCUCUCUGCAAACCGAGAGACUUCUCUGCAGCAUCCCCACCCUUUGGAGAGCUGUGAGUAGAUCAGCUCAGAUCUCAAGGCUUCCAAGGGGGAAGAGGAACUCAGGCUUUCUGGUACAGUCUCUGCUCCUGGGCCAGCUUCUGUCCAGCCUUGCAC